AGUAGAGGUCUAGAGGUUAGUUUAAAAUUUUAGAUUUUUAAAAAUACUGGAAAUAUAAAAGUAUUCUAUAAAAAUGGCAUCUAAGGAUAUGACUCAGGAAGAAAUAGACAAUUUUGAUUGGAUAGCAUUAAAGAAGGACAUGGAUGCAGUGCUUCCUAACGAAACACAAGGACAAAAAUUUAUGAGAAAAUUUAAGGAGAACCCUUUUGUGCCAAUUGGAUGUUUGGCUACAGCUGGUGCUUUGACAUAUGGUCUAUGGUGCUUUAGGACUGGACAGAGAAAAAUGUCACAAUAUAUGAUGAGGACUAGAAUUUUUGCCCAAGGAUUCACAGUUAUGGCUCUGAUUGUGGGUAUUGGCAUGUCUGCUCAAAAAAAUAUUAAGAAAGAUGGUUAAUAAUAAAAAUAUUUAUCCUAGACCUAUAUAGAAUUGUGUACAUAUUUUUGGUUAGAUAAUAGAAACAUAUUGUUAACAGCAUGUGAUAUUUUUGUUUCCUAGAGAGAAAUUAAUUUUUAUACACACAAAAAUAAAGGUUAGCCUCUACUGUUCACCUAAUUGGUAUUUUCUAAAAUAAAUUUUAGGAACUUC